AUGACUGAAAGACAGCACCAAGAACCAAAGCCAACAAUCAUUGGUGAUAGGUUUAGAGAGUAUUACAAGCGCAUAUAUGUACCAGGAACACUCAGUGAAGAGGAAUUUGAGAAAAUGCUCGAUGUUUAUAAAACUCAACUUCCAACAGUUUUCAGAGUAUCCUCAAAAGGUCCAGAAGCAGAACAAGUUCAACGUGAACUUGAUGAAUACGUAAAAAUCUUGAAAGAAAACAACGUAGAUUUCGAAACUCUCGAUUAUAUUCCAAAUGAUAUCGGAAAAAUAUAUAAACUUUCACUUGAUAAGAAAGCUCUCAGAAGAGACAAGAAGUUUACAGAAUUCCAUAAAUGGCUGAAACUUCAUACAAAUUUGGGACACUGCCACCGCCAGGAAUUUGUCUCAAUGAUACCACCAUUCUUCCUUGAUGUUCAUGGCUCGAUGGGUGUUUUGGAUACUUGUGCUGCUCCAGGCUCAAAAACAACUCAACUCAUUGAAAUGCUCGAUGGCGAUGGAUACGUCGUUGCUAACGAUGCUGAUGUAAAGCGCCUCCAUCCUAUGGUCCACCAGCUACAGCGCGUUGGUACAUACCGUACUCUCGUUAUCAAUUUUGAUGCUCAAAAAUUACCAGACUUUGAAGAGAAGUUCGAUAGAGUACUUUGCGAUGUACCAUGCACAGGUGAUGGCACAAUCCGUAAAAACAUCAAAUGCGCCGAAACUUUCAAAUUAAACGGAGGAACUUCAUUACACUCAACACAACGCAAGAUUCUUAAGCGCGGUCUCGAACUUACAAAGGUUGGUGGAUUGUGCGUUUACAGUACAUGCUCAAUGAACCCAAUCGAAGACGAAGCAGUCGUAAAUUCAGUAUUACUCGAAACAGGCGACGCCGUUGAGAUCGUUGACGUUUCAGAUAAAUUCCCUAACUUGAUCAGACACAAAGGACUUACAAAUUGGCCAGUUUUCGAUGCCCAAAUGGAAAAUGAAUUCCAUGAGUACAAAGAACCAUCAGAAGUACCUCACGAACGCAUCCAAUAUGCUCACCCAACACAUUUCCCACAGCCACAAGUCCCAGGACUCGAGCAUUGCAUGCAUUUCUUCCCUCAUGACCAAGAUUCCGGAGGUUUCUUCGUCACAGUGCUCAGAAAAGUCAAAGAAUUCGAUCGUCUUACAGAGCAGCCAUCAGAAAAGAAGCCGUUAAGAGAAGCCGCUUAUAUCGCGAUGCAAGAAGCCGCUCCUGAUGUUUUGAAGUUCAUUUCCGAUACAUACGGUUUCAAAGAAAAUUUCCCAAGCGAUUGUGUCUUUGUUCGCGACGAUAACAAAGUUAAAAAUAUUUCGUUAUGCGUCAAACCUCUUGCAGAUAUCAUCAGGAAAUACGGCUCAAUACCAUUAAGAGUUGUUUCUCUUGGCUCCAGGAUAUUCACAUAUAAAGGAUUUGGCAAGGAAAAGGAAAACAAAGCUGCAUAUCCUGCAUUAGAAGGAAUUUUAGAUGUUAUCAAGUACGCAACAAAGAGAGUAUACAAGGUAACACCUGAAGAAAUGCUUUUGUUGCUCCAUUCCAUUCCAAAUGCUCUUGGAUAUUCAAGAUUAUCAGAAAAUACAAGGAAUACCUUCGAAAAUUCAGGCAUUGAAGGUGCAAUUGUUAUGAUUGAUGGAACUAACUAUGCUUACGGUGGAAUGACCUUCGAACACAGCGUUGUUCUCUAUGCAAGAUCUGAUUUAGUUACUGUCGAAGUAGAAAAGCUUAAACAGUCAUAUCCAAGCCUUGUUGAAUACGAAAAAGUCCUUGAAGAAAACAAUAAAAAGUUCAAGGAAGAACAAAAGGCAAAACAAGCUGCAGCCAAGAAGAAAGAAGAAUAA